CACUUGUUCAUUAAGUGUUCUGCCUGUGAUCUUACUCUUCCAUAAGUUUUGUCUAGCUUCCUUGCAUAGUUAGUCUAAUUAGUUUUCGUUCCAUAUUCAUCACAUUGUUGCUAGCUUCACUGAUGCCUUUUUGCGAAGUGGAAAACAUGUCGGAUUGUCUUGUUAGCCCCCUCUUGGAUAUUUGCUGGUAUCAUAUUUUUUCAGAACCAUUACAUCCAGAGAGUAGGGGAAGCAUUUUCAUGGGGCGAGGCUUGAACCCACGAGGGACAUACCGGGGAGAAAGGUGGGUGGCCAAAACCUUUCCACUAGGCUCUCUUUCUUGUUCUCUUGUAGAUGUAUCACUUGUUAAUACGUUUGACCAUUCUUUUUGCUUCUAUUCCAAACUGUUAUGCGUAAGAUCUUACAAGAACGUGCAGGACUGCAGAAAUUGUGUCGACCAGGAGAUGAAAUCACUUAUUAGUUUCAUAGCAAAGUUGCUGUAACUAAAAUUGUAAUGCUUUAUUGUGGUGAAUAUCAAUGUAUCAAGUAUGCGAUAGCUUAGACAUGGCAGUUUUCUGUUUUUUUUGAGUCUCCUAGGCGUGUUAAUGGACCGAAUUUCAACCCGAAUUUGAAUCUGUUUAAGCGGAUAUGGAUUAGAUUUUCAAUCCAUUAAUCUAAUCUGAUCAGAAUCCGACUAGAGUUGUUUAAACGGAUUCGGAUAUGGAUUUAUAAUAAUCCGAUCUGUUAUUAAUCUGAUUCAAAUAAAAAAUGUAUUAUGUAAAUAAAUAUCAUCAAUAUAUUAUACUUAUAGCGGAAAAUAAGAACAAAUAGAGUGA